GCCGGGCUCCGGGGGCGGGGUCUCGGCCCGAGGUGGUGCCGAGCGGGGUCUUGCCGCCCUUGACCCCUGCUGCGCUCUAUGUGUCGCCACGUCUUCCCGCUGAGAUGCUGCUGCUGGCCUUAGGCCGCCCGUGGACGGCGGCACUGUGUCCUGGAGGGAAGAGGACCGGGCUGUGGGCGGCCGCCGCGCUCCGGGUUCCCCGGGCGGCGGGCUCGCGGGCUGCGGCCGUCCUUCGGCGUCCCGAGCGAGCGCAGAUACCUAUUUGUUGGGAAGGAUGUGUUCGAAGCUUACAUACACAACUUGACAAAUCAGAAGAUGGAAGGCUGAUUUAUACUGGGAAUCUGGCCCGGGCAGUAUUUGGUGUGAAAUGCUUUUCUUAUUCUACAAGUGUGAUCAGCCUUACCUUUUUACCAUAUGUUUUUUCCCAAACUAAUGUUUCAUUUGGAAGUUUGCCUUUGCAAAUUUUAUUUUAUGGCAUCCUAGGAAGCUUCACAGUGAUCACCCCCACACUGCUUCACUUUCUCACAAAAGGAUACGUUAUUCGGUUGUACCAUGAGCCCACAACUGACAUGUACAAAGCCAUUACUUACAAUGUUGUGCUCUCGGAAACCAGUACUGUGUUUCACCAGAACGACGUGAAGAUUCCUGAUGGCCCACAUAUGUUUACCACAUUUUAUGCUAAAACAAAAUCACUGUUGGUUAAUCCAGUGCUCUUUCGAAAUCCUGAAGACUAUGACCAUCUAAUGGGUUAUGACAAACCGUUCACUUUUGAUGUAGAAGAAGACAGUGAAAAGAAGCAGCAUGAGGAGAAGUGAUGUUCUUACCUUUGUGCUUAAAUGUGAUGUACAUUUCAGUAUAUAAGAAGAUUGCUUUUACUAGGUCUUUUUUGUUUUCGAGGCAAGGUUUCACACUAGCCCAGGCUGACUUGGAACUCACUAUGUAGUCUCAGGGUGGCCUCCAACUCAUAGAGAUCCUCCUACCUCUGCUUCCCCAGUGCUGGGAUUAAAGGUGUGUGCCACCAUACCCAGCUUGCUUUUACUUUUUUAUUGUUAGUGAGUGGUUGUUAAAAAUAAUUUAAGGGUACAGGAUAGAGCUCAAUAGGUAGGGUACUUAUCUCUCAGUUGGUAGAUUACUUGUCUAGCAUGCACAAGAUCCUGGGUUUGGUCCUUAGUGCAGUGUGUUUGUGCAUGGUGGUGCAUACCCAAAGCCUAUAAUCUCAGCAGGUAGCAGCAGCAGAAAUUCAAGGUCAUCCUUGACUACAUAGUGAGUUUGAGGCAAGCCUGAACUACAUGAGACCUUGUUUCAGAACAAGAUAAAACAAAAAUUAAAAGCUGUUAAGCAGAGUUCUGGUUUUCAGAUAAUGAUUCUUUUGCAAUAAAAUAAGCUUGGAAAAAG